AUUAGCCAGGCGUGGCGGCACGUGUCUAGAGUCCCAGCUACUUAGGAGGCUUAAAGGGGAGGAUUGUUUCAGCUCAGACGUGCGAGGCUUCAGUGAACUAUAAUCAUGCCACAGCACCCCAACAUGGGUGACAGAAUGAGGUCCUGACUCUAAAAACAGAAAAAAACAACAGAACAGAACAGAACACCUUGUGUUGUAGAUUCCGUUUUUUGACAACGGUGACACCAGGGAUAUGAAAGGUCUUUUCUUUUAUAUUUUUUUGCGCUAGUCAGUCUGAACAUAUUUUGUUGUUGCUGUCCUUUAGUAUAAAACACCUAGAAAAAUAUUACAAGGAUUCUCUAAAAAGAAAGUACUUUCGUAAAGGCUUUAUCCACGACCAACUGCCUAUCUUUAGGUCCAAGUUCUAUUUAUCCAGUUGAAUAACCACAGUUACAAAGUACCAAAGUUCUGGAAUACAUAUUCGCAAGACUGAGGAGAGGCAAAGGCAAGGUAUUCAUGCCUCUGUAUCCUUUAUGUUGUUGCUUAUUUCCUUUCCUAUAAUUCUUACGUGGCUUCUUUCUUCAUGUCUAUAUAUAUCACCUUUAAAGUUCAGCUUACCUCCUAGCUCCUAGAGAUGGUUUCCCAGCCUGUCCCAAGUCAUACUUAUUUCUCACUUAUAUGCAAUACUACUGAAUGUUCUGCCCUAAUGGCUACUUGGGGGUUGAGAAUACGUCGCUGUGUACCAAAAAGUUAACUACAGCUUGCUAUUUGGAAUAUAUUUACUCCCAAAGCUGGGCUCUACUCUUAAUCAAGGGCCAAUCACACGGCCCACCACACACAAAAGACAUGAGGCUUGGAUAUAAACCUAAGAAAACAUGCAUCAUCUCGCGAGUCCAGGUCAAUCACGGACAGCUUCCCCGGGAGAUCCGUGGCCCUUUUUAAGGCCUUUCGAUCUUGAAAGAGCAGCCAUGCAGACACACUAACCCCACCACUGGUGCUGAAGCUUGUAAAUGCCAGAAAGGAAAAAAACAUAAAACAUGGGACGCGCAACUUUAGUGAAGACGCAAGAACCAAUCAGAAAUAAUCGCAAGUUUUCAAACAAAAGACUAUUACCAGUUGGAUGGACACUAAAGGAAUCAAGACAGCGGAAUCAGAAAGUUUGGAUAGUAAAGAAAACAACAAUACGAGAAUAGAAUCCAUGAUGAGUUCUGUACAAAAAGAUAACUUUUACCAACAUAAUGUAGAAAAAUUAGAAAAUGUUUCUCAGCUAAGUCUUGAUAAGUCACCCACUGAAAAAAGUACACAGUAUUUGAACCAGCAUCAGACUGCAGCAGUGUGUAAGUGGCAAAAUGAAGGGAAACACACGGAUCAGCUUUUGGAAAGUGAGCCUCAGACACUAACCCUGGUACCAGAGCAGUUUAGUAAUGCUAACAUUGAUCGGUCACCUCAAAAUGAUGAUCACAGUGACACAGAUAGUGAAGAAAAUAGAGACAAUCAACAGUUUCUCACAACGGUAAAGCUUAUAAAUGCAAAGCAGACUACAGAAGAUGAACAGGCCAAAGAAGCCGGAAGCCACCAGAAGUGCAGCAAGUCUUGCCAUCCUGGGAAAGACUGUGCAAGUUGUCAGCAAGAGGAGAUAGACGUCGUGCCAGAGAGUCCAUUGUCAGAUGCUGGCUCUGAGGAUGUUGGUACUGGACCAAAAAAUGACAACAAAUUGAGUAGACAAGAAAGUUGCCUAGGAAAUUCUCCUCCAUUUGAGAAGGAAAGUGAACCCGAGUCACCGAUGGAUGUGGAUAAUUCUAAAAAUAGUUGUCAAGACUCAGAAGCAGAUGAGGAGACAAGUCCGGGUUUUGAUGAACAAGAAGAUGGUAGUUCCUCCCAAACAACAAAUAAACCUUCAAGGUUCCAAGCAAGAGACGCUGACAUUGAGUUUAGGAAACGGUAUUCUACUAAGGGAGGUGAAGUUAGAUUACAUUUCCAAUUUGAAGGAGGAGAGAGUCGCACUGGAAUGAAUGAUUUAAAUGCUAAACUACCUGGAAAUAUUUCUAGCCUGAAUGUAGAAUGCAGAAAUUCCAAGCAACAUGGAAGGAAGGAUUCUAAAAUCACAGAUCAUUUCAUGAGACUGCCCAAAGCAGAGGACAGAAGAAAAGAACAAUGCGAAACCAAACAUCAAAGAACAGAAAGGAAGAUCCCUAAAUACGUUCCGCCUCACCUUUCUCCAGAUAAGAAGUGGCUUGGAACUCCCAUUGAGGAAAUGAGAAGAAUGCCUCGAUGUGGGAUCCGGCUGCCUCUCUUGAGACCAUCUGCCAAUCACACAGUAACUAUUCGGGUAGAUCUUUUGCGAGCAGGAGAAGUUCCUAAACCUUUUCCAACACAUUAUAAAGAUUCGUGGGAUAACAAGCAUGUUAAAAUGCCUUGUUCAGAACAAAAUUUGUACCCAGUAGAAGAUGAGAAUGGUGAGCGAACUGCGGGGAGCCGGUGGGAGCUCAUUCAGACUGCACUUCUCAACAAAUUUACACGACCCCAAAACUUGAAGGAUGCUAUUCUGAAAUACAAUGUGGCGUAUUCUAAGAAAUGGGACUUUACAGCUUUGAUCGAUUUCUGGGAUAAGGUACUUGAAGAAGCAGAAGCUCAACAUUUAUAUCAGUCCAUUUUGCCUGAUAUGGUGAAAAUUGCACUCUGUCUGCCAAAUAUUUGCACCCAGCCAAUACCGCUUCUGAAACAGAAGAUGAAUCAUUCCAUCACAAUGUCGCAGGAACAGAUUGCCAGUCUUUUAGCUAAUGCUUUCUUCUGCACAUUUCCACGACGAAAUGCUAAGAUGAAAUCGGAGUAUUCUAGUUACCCAGACAUUAACUUCAAUCGGUUGUUUGAGGGACGUUCAUCAAGGAAACCAGAGAAACUUAAAACGCUCUUCUGCUACUUCAGAAGAGUCACAGAGAAAAAACCUACUGGGUUGGUGACAUUUACAAGACAGAGUCUUGAAGAUUUUCCAGAAUGGGAAAGAUGUGAAAAACCCUUGACACGAUUGCAUGUCACUUACGAAGGUACCAUAGAAGAAAAUGGCAGAGGCAUGCUACAGGUGGAUUUUGCAAAUCGUUUUGUUGGAGGUGGUGUAACCAGUGCAGGACUUGUGCAAGAAGAAAUCCGCUUUUUAAUCAAUCCUGAGUUGAUUGUUUCACGGCUCUUCACUGAGGUGCUGGAUCACAAUGAAUGUCUAAUUAUCACAGGUACUGAGCAGUACAGUGAAUACACAGGCUAUGCCGAGACAUAUCGUUGGUCCCGGAGCCACGAAGAUGGGAGUGAAAGGGACGACUGGCAGCGGCGCUGCACUGAAAUCGUUGCCAUCGAUGCUCUUCACUUCAGACGCUACCUCGAUCAGUUUGUGCCUGAGAAAAUCAGACGCGAGCUGAACAAGGCUUACUGUGGAUUUCUCCGUCCUGGAAUUUCUUCAGAGAAUCUUUCUGCAGUGGCCACAGGAAACUGGGGCUGUGGUGCCUUUGGGGGUGAUGCCAGGUUAAAAGCCUUAAUACAGAUACUGGCAGCUGCUGCAGCUGAGCGAGAUGUGGUUUAUUUCACCUUUGGGGACUCAGAAUUGAUGAGAGACAUUUACAGCAUGCACAUUUUCCUUACUGAAAGGAAACUCACUGUUGGAGACGUGUAUAAGCUGUUGCUACGAUAUUACAAUGAAGAAUGCAGAAACUGUUCCACCCCUGGACCAGACAUCAAGCUUUAUCCGUUCAUAUACCAUGCCGCCGAGUCCUGUGCAGAGACUGCUGACCAUUCAGGGCAAAGGACAGGGACCUGAGGAGCCGAACCAAUAGCAUCUUCUCCCACCUCCCACCAGAGACGUCCUUUUGAGCUGUCAGGUGUAAUAUAUGAAUUGACUUAAGUUAAUAUAAAUGUGUAUAUAAUCCACAUUUGUAGUCAAGGACGCAAUCUCUUCCACACAUAUGCAAUUGUCAGUUGAUACAUCUAAACCCCCUCCAUCCUGACUCACGUGGACUUAGAUAUGUUUUGUUUCUAUUUUCUUCUUUUUCAGUUUUCAUUCUUUGAUGUUUAUUUCUUUUGUCCAUCAGAUCUCUUGUGAAAUCCCAUGGAAGGUUGUGCUCAGCCUGUCGGGUCUCUUUCUUCCUGCCCAUAUAUUAUACCAAUUGCUUCUGCAGCCCACAGAUGCCAGCAAUGCCAGGAAACAAGUUGAAAUCCAGGAAUCUCUUUAACUGAUUUUGCUAAAAAUCUCCCUGUGAGCCUUCCACUCAACUUUAAUAGGCUUGCAUUGUUUAAGUUUUUAAAUUCUGAAAAUUAAUAAUUAGGGUUUUUCUUCAUAUAUGUUGCAUAAUGCAAACCUCCUAGAUUAAAAUAGUUUCUUUAUUUAAGAUAGAAUAAUUUCCAGAAAUUGUCCUUUUGAGAUAAUCACUUUUAUCUAUAGUGGUUUGUCUGUCUUUUUUCUUCUGAUCAGUUUUUUUUAUACCAGUUUUGAAAACUGAGAUGAAAGGAAAUGUGGAAUAAAAGGGGGUUUUCCUGAUGUGGUGUAAAGAAAACAGAUUCAAGAGAAUUGAAGAUUUUUUUUGUUUCUUGGUACUUUUUUCUUUUUAAAUUAGGACUAAUGUUUCUUUUGUGGUGCUUGAGGCAUAUUCAUAUAACCAAAGUUUGGGAACUGGGAACUUCAUGCUGAUUUGUACAUAAUGAAGUUUCUCAGGUAUUCAAAGGUUAUAUAGUGAAUAAAUUUUCAUUAAUAAAUCACUUUGUCAGAAAUUCCCAUAUCAUCUAUAUUUUAUAUAUGUAUAUAUAAACAUAUGCUCUUUAAGUGUGUCUAUAUGUGAGCACAUAAAAUCUAAAUAAAACUGAACUGGUGGGAAACAAUUAG